ACAUAGAGAGCUCCACCUCCAGCUCGCUCUCUCCUCUCGCUGUUAUCAGGCGGGAGAAGCGUCUGCAUCUGUGGGGAGAGCGCCCCGCCCUCUCGGAUCGACCCUUCUGGGCUGAUGCAUAAACACCCUUGGAUCUUAGCGUAGGAGCCUGAAGCAGCUAAAGAGGCUGAGCUACGUAGUGCCAGAGUGAACUUAUUUUGCCAUCCACUAGCCCAGGAGGAUGUCCAGCACCCCAGUAGCUGUGGUGACCGGGGGCAACAAAGGGAUUGGAUUUGCUAUUGUGCAGGCUCUGUGUAAGCAGUUCACUGGGGAUGUGUACCUGACAGCCCGGGACCCAGGACGGGGUCAGGCUGCGGUGACAAAGCUGCAGGAGGAGGGACUGAACCCACUUUUCCACCAGCUGGACAUCGAAGAUCUGCAGAGUAUCCGGACUCUGCAGGACUUCCUGAAGGAGAAAUACGGAGGGCUGAAUGUGCUGGUUAACAACGCAGGGAUUGCUUUCAAAGUUGCUGAUACCACUCCAUUUGCUGUUCAAGCAGAGGUUACAAUGAGGACCAACUUUUUUGCAACAAGGGACGUCUGCACGGAGUUGCUACCCCUCAUAAAGCCUCAUGGCAGAGUAGUGAAUGUAUCUAGCACGGUAAGUGUAUCAGCUCUGGCAAGAUGUAGCCAGGAUCUGCAGCAGAAGUUUCGUAGUGACACAAUCACUGAGGAGGAGCUAGUGAAACUCAUGACAAAGUUUGUGGAGGAUACCAAGAACGGAGUGCAUGAGAAGGAGGGCUGGCCAAAUACCGCUUACGGUGUGUCCAAAAUUGGAGUCACGGUCUUGUCCAGAAUCCAGGCCCGGAAGUUGAACGAGGAAAGGAAAGCUGAUCGAAUUCUUCUAAAUGCCUGUUGCCCUGGAUGGGUGAGAACCGACAUGGCAGGUCCCAAUGCCACUAAAAGUCCAGAUGAGGGAGCCGAGACUCCAGUUUAUUUAGCCCUUUUAGCCCCUGAUGCUGAUGGGCCUCAUGGGCAGUUCGUUAGUGAAAAGAAAGUGCAAAAGUGGUAAUCCUUUAUUUGUAUAUGUGAGAUGCAGUCCAGAAACAAUAUCAGAUAUUACUGAUUUAUUGUUGGUACCAAUAAUAAUUAAGCAUCUGUAAAUGUCUUUGCCAUUUCUAAUAUCUUAUUAGGGUUUAUAGAAUAUACACAAGGUUUCUGCUAUUGCAAAAUAAUUGCAGUUUGGAAUAAUGCAUGAAUUAAAUUGUGCCUUUAAUUUAGUUUUUAAAGGUAUGAAGUGUUGAAAUAAAAAAGUAUAGUUUAAUAAGCUAAAA